GCGGCGCUGUGUCCCUCCGGUCAACGUUAGCACGUAGCACGGCGGAGCUGAGGGUGUGGACGUCCUGCAGCUCUCCGUCCACCGGAGAAAACACACUUCUGCUCUGUCUCAACUCCUCCACACCGCAGCAGGCGAAUAUAUCAGGUUUGUGUGAGUGCCACUGAGCCUCUGUGAUUGUGUCCCUCGGUGUCCCAGAAGAGGGACUGAUGCUGGGCAGGACUCGCCUCAACCCCUCGGGUCGCCUCUCUCAUCUGUCCCAGUUUAGUUCUGCACCUUAAGAGAAGACCGCAUCAGGAAAAAUGGACGAUAUCUUCACACAGUGCCGAGAAGGCAACGCAGUGGCAGUUCGCCUAUGGUUGGACAACACAGAGAAUGACCUCAAUCAAGGAGAUGACCACGGCUUCAGCCCUCUUCACUGGGCCUGCAGAGAGGGUCGCUCCAGUGUGGUGGACAUGCUCAUCAUGAGAGGAGCUCGCAUUAACGUCAUGAACCGGGGAGACGACACGCCUCUGCACCUGGCUGCCAGUCACGGACAUCGUGACAUUGUGGGAAAGCUGAUCCAGUGCAAAGCAGACACCAAUGCAGCCAAUGAACAUGGGAACACACCACUGCAUUAUGCCUGCUUCUGGGGCCAGGACCAAGUGGCUGAGGACCUUGUGACUAAUGGGGCUCAGGUGAGCAUCUGUAACAAAUACGGGGAGACUCCUCUGGACAAAGCCAAACCUCACCUGCGUGAACUCCUCAGAGAAAAGGCUGAAAAACUGGGACAGAACUUAACUAAAAUCCCCUUCAAGGACACGUUCUGGAAAGGCACCACCAGAACUCGACCCCGCAAUGGCACUUUGAACAAACACGCAGGCAUUGACUACAAACAGCUUUCUCUACUUGCUAAAAUCAAUGAGAACCAGUCUGGAGAGUUGUGGCAAGGGCGCUGGCAAGGAAAUGAAAUUGUUGUUAAGGUGCUGAAAGUUCGCGACUGGACCACUAGGAAAAGCAGAGACUUCAAUGAGGAAUAUCCCAAACUAAGGAUAUUUUCCCACCCGAAUGUCCUACCCAUGUUGGGAGCAUGUCAGUCUCCUCCCGCCCCUCACCCCAUCAUCAUCACACACUGGAUGCCUUAUGGCUCCCUCUACAACGUGCUGCAUGAAGGCACCAACUUUGUGGUGGACCAGACUCAAGCGGUCAAGUUUGCUCUGGACAUUGCUUGUGGAAUGGCUUUCUUGCAUACACUUGAACCCAUGAUCCCUCGCCAUUAUCUCAACAGCAAGAGUGUGAUGAUAGAUGAAGACAUGACAGCGAGGAUCAGUAUGGCAGACGUCAAGUUCUCCUUCCAGUGUCCUGGCAGGAUGUACUCGCCUGCAUGGGUAGCCCCUGAGGCCCUGCAGAAGAAGCCAGAGGAGAUCAACCGUCGGUCAGCAGACAUGUGGAGCUUCGCCAUCCUGCUGUGGGAGCUGGUGACCAGAGAAGUGCCGUUUGCCGACCUCUCCAACAUGGAAAUAGGCAUGAAGGUUUCCUUGGAGGGUUUGAGGCCCACCAUCCCUCCUGGCAUCUCUCCCCACAUUUGCAAGCUCAUGAAGAUAUGCAUGAACGAAGACCCAGCAAAGAGGCCUAAAUUUGACAUGAUUGUGCCAAUUUUGGAGAAAAUGCAGGACAAGUGAAAAAAAAAACCUCCAGCCCUCGUUUAUUGAACCGACAAAUACCCAGAUUUUUAUUUUUUAUUUUUUUUACCCCAGAUAUGACUCUGAUAUGGUGGUGUGGUGCUUACCAGUAUUGCCUUAAACUCUUACUCUACUGCUGCAUUUGACGCCACUGUAGCUUCUGCUUCUGAGAUGAGUCCAGCAGCAGUCACUCAUUUUAUAUUGUUUUUUUCUUCUUUUUUUCAAUGUGAUAUCAAGUUUUUAUUAGUGUCUUUGUCACUGAUCUGCUGAUACUGUCUCGGAGCUUAUAGUAUUGACUGUUCAUCUUCUAAACCGUAAUCACGUGGACUGAGUACAAUCUUCUUCAAAUGACCGAAUAGCCUGUGGAGGUCAGCAUGACAGCGCUGGAUUGCUCCAGUUAAUUUAAGGCCGUACUUUAUCCAGAGAGGGCUCACCGUUAAAAAGUCACCUUCUGAGGUUACUGUUCCUUUUAUAUUGGUGGCUUGUUAUAAUAACAUAUUAACCCAAAGCUUGUCUUGUGGAGGGAAAAAAGGUUUGUUGUUGUAGGAGCAACAUAUGCCUGGGAAAGCAUGACGAAUGUCUGAAAUGGAGCAUUCAAACAUGUAAGAUAAUUAAUAAAACUUGAUCUGAGUGAGUGGUGCCCUUGAGUGUCCAUGCAGUAGCAGUGCUGUACCCUUCAGCUUGGCUGUGUAGUGGCGAUGAGCUUAUCUUGUAGCCUAGCCGCGCUAGACAACCCACGGCAACAAAUUUAAUUCUCUGCCAGGGUGGGUCUACUUACCCUCCAUAAGGCUCGAGGUUGGAUGCUCCUAAAACUGGCCGGACGAAUCACCAUGAAGUGUAGAGUCAGAAGGCGGGCGUAACUAAGUGACGACAGAGGCACGACGAUUCUGACAGAAGCAACCAGAAACAACUAGCCUAGCCGCGCUAGACAACCCAUGGCAACGAAUUUAAUUCUCUGCCAGGGUCGACAACAAAAACGACAACAAUCGUUGAGCUCCAUUAGCACCGACUCUGAAUAAUCUUUCUGUUAACAUGUCUAUAAUAUACUUGAGCUUCUCCCAUUGACUGUAUUAUAAGGCUUCACCGAACUACCGCAUCCUCUGAUUUCCGGCGCUCUAGGAGCCUAUUCGUUGCACUGAUUGGUUGUAUACCUACCCAAUUGCUGCAGAGUGAUUUGAAAGACAACCUUUUAGCCCGCCUCCCUCCCUGUCAAGCGUGCCUAGACCCUUGUGUCUUCAGAGCAUGGGUCUAGCGCGGCUAGGCUACUUAUCUUGAGCAUUGGUCCCUGAAUGUAUCGUGUACAACCUGCUGACGACAAUUUAAAACAGGCCUUAUAAACCUUCUUUCUGUGCCACAAUACUGUCAGUGUUGAUAUUGAAAGAUUAUAUUCAUAAUGCAGCGCAAGAUUGUCGAUUCUGUCUUGUUUAUUGUAUUUAUGUAAUCAGAUUACUUUUAUUUCUUCAUUUAAUCUAGUCUAUUUUCAGUACUUUCCCCUCAGUUGUUUUACUACAUAAUUUGAAUUGUGUUAGCUCUGCAAUAGGCAGCCUCUGUCAACAUGUCUCAAAGUCUUCACAUGAUCUCAAAUGUUAUUUUCAUGUUGAAUACUGGAAAACGCUGUAGUCCAACAUGUAGUUACUUGCUUUCCUUGUAUUGUGAGGAAUGAAUACCACAACCCACACUGUAAUUUAUUCAUGGAUAUCACAGGUACAGUUAAAAUUAGCUGUUGUUUUGGGUGGCUGCUCUUAAUGUUAUCAUUCUAUCAGAGGCUGUGACUGGGACAUUAAGGGGUGGAAUCAACAUUGUGCAAACUGUUGCCCAGUUUUCUCGUUUCUGUUAUUUGGUCUUGACUUUAUAUCAAUCUGAUGGGUCGUUUCUCCCGCCUGCAUCAUUUCUGUGCCUCCACCAGCUUGCUUGUUUGUGCCGAAUCACAGGCUGAAGCCAAAAUCGAGAAUGACAAAUGUAUGUAUUUAUAUAUAAGUAUAUUAAAAAUGAAACAUGGA